GCUUUGCUUGUGAGCACAUGAAAUAUGGCAGCGCUCAUAGAGCGUUCCUGGAAACUCGUCUCAAAGGGCAUUGACUUUGCGUUCACGGCAUGGAGAUUUCGGGUUCACUUUCCUAAGAAAUAUGGAUCCUCUACCUCUGCAGCUGUGCUAAACUUAGAUGACCUAAUAAAAAGAGGGCUCAUUGAAAAUGUUUUUCCUAAUACAAGACCCGAGGAGCUUCAACAGUUGUUGUCAACUCCCCAAGGCUGGUACUGUGGCUUUGACCCUACAGCAAACAGCCUUCACAUCGGCAACCUGGUGUCUCUUGUAGCACUAAUACAGGGCCAGAGAGCAGGACACAGUCCAGUUGCUGUGAUUGGUGGGGCCACUGGUCUAAUUGGAGAUCCCAGUGGGAAGACAGCAGACCGUGUGCCGAUGAAAGCAGAAGAUGUAGAGAACAAUAUCGAAAGCCUCAUGGAAAACAUGGAGCGGAUUUUCCACAACCAUGCUGAAUACAUCAAUGAGGACACCAGAAAGUUAACUUCUCAUAGGAUACUGAACAACCAUGACUGGUACAGAGAGCAGGAUGUCAUCUCAUUCAUGUCCUCGACGACUCGCCAUUUCCGUCUGGGAGAGAUGAUCAGUAGACACAGUGUUCAGAGUCGUCUUCAAAGCAAGGCAGGCAUCAGCCUUACAGAGUUUAUGUACCAGGUGUUUCAGGCUGCUGAUUGGCUGCAUCUACUCCAGCACCACAACUGUAGCAUACAGGUCGGGGGAAAUGAUCAGACUGGAAACAUCAGCUCUGGGUUUGACCUCAUUCACAAGGUUACGGGAAAAUAUGUGUUUGGUCUCUUGGUUCCAUUACUCUUGUCCCCUAGUGGAGAAAAGCUUGGCAAAUCAACGGGUAACUCUUUAUGGCUUGACCCAAACAGAACUUCACCCUUUGAGCUCUAUCAGUUUUUUGUGAACUUACCUGACUCAACUGUGGAACGCUAUCUGAAACUACUGACAUUUCUCAGCCUGGACGAGAUCGAGGCAGUUAUGCUGCAGCAAAAUCAAUCUCCUGAGCAUCGCCAUGGACAACGACAGUUAGCAGAACAAGUCACUCUGUUGGUACAUGGCGAAGAGGGAUUGAGAUCAGCCUUGAGAUGCACAGAAGUUCUGUUUGGUGACGCUGUCUCUCACCUUCGCCAGAUGGCGCUAUCAGACCUACAGCAGCUGUUUGUGAACGCCUCCACUUCAGAUGUGACCCAUGACCCUCAGAUGACGCUGCAGGAGUUGUGUAUGGCCAUAGGCUGUUUCUCUAGAGAUGGUCAGAAACCUGCUGCCGAUGCAGAACGCAUUAUCAAAGCCGGUGGUGUGUACGUGAACCAGGGACGUGUGUCUGAUCCAUCGGCAGUGCUAGCAAGUGGAGAUUUUAUUUUGCCCAACAACAUCACUCUGGUGAGAGUAGGAAAGAAGAACUACUUCAUUGUGAGAUGGGUGACGUGAGGGCUGGAGGGGUGUUCCAUCUCUUUUCCUUCGACCGAACAAAGUGACCUCUUCAUCCAACAAGCAGGAAAGGGACUCUGUUGAUAUGAAUGACUGGCCACAGGAAGAGGGUUAGCUGGAUGUGGAUGGAGGUGAUAUGUUGUUGUUGUUGGUGGAUGGAGGUGAUAUAUGCUGAUGUGAUUUCGCUGGUCUUGUAUUUAGUGUUUGUCUGCAUUAUCUCUCAAGAGUCAUCACAAGGGUAGCUUGAGGCAACUUUGACAGGCUCAUGUCGGGCAGCAAAAGUAACCGAUACUGUUUCAUAC